CGCAGAUUAGGCCUAAUUUCUGAAUUAUAGGCCUAUUUUGUCCAUAGCCUGUAGCUAAUAUGGCAUUUCAGCAGCUUAGGCCUAUAUGAUUUGUGUGGUCAUAGAUCCGUAAAAUGCAAAAUAUCUUAAUUUUGUCAUCGAUCCUUUAUGUAGAUGGGAUAAAUCAUAAUCACAUUUAUUCAGGGCAUUUUAUAGCCAGUUGGGUUGAUCUCUGGUGGGAUUGAGCUCUGACAGCGACCGGCAGCGUCACGCGUAAAAUGUUCCUGGAUCAAAACCCAUCAAUUCAGGCUACUUGGGUGAUUUAAUGUUAUUUUAUUGUGACUGACUCGAUUUAAUCACAUUGCCCUAUCUCUCAUAACAAUUUUGUUUUAUUAAGAGAAAAUUUUUAAGAGGUAGUAAAUGGUUAAAUGACAGGAGCCGCACGUGAUUGAUUUCUGGGCGUAUUGAAUCAGACCGUCGUCUCACUCUUUCCCUCCCAGUUCACGGGUCUUUGUUUCUGAUCCUCUAAAUCCCACCCACUUGAAAUGGAGAGGUGGAAAAAAAUCCCCAUCUCGCUCGCUCAUACACUAACUUGCCCCCUGUUAAUAGCAUCCUAGUCCACUAUUUGCGCUCUUGUGCUCGGGACGAGGUGAUGGAGACUGAGAGUUGUUUGUCUUUCUCCUCGCCUCCAAACAGGAUCACGCCGGAGAAUUCACCGGGUUUGGAGCAUAAUUCCGGCUCUUUCUUUCCGUGUGACGACCUUCAAAAGUCUCCGCAUCUUCCUCUAGCGCAUCGACAUGAGUUUUUUAUGGGACGCUACGCUGACGGCGGCUCCGCGGACUUUACGCACGGCGUCAGCACAACAAAUCCCCGCGCCUCGCCUGGAAAGCAUACCAAGUAUUUGGAGAAUAUGAAUCAGGAUCAAAAGCCUUCUUCGAUCAAUGAGAAGAACUCUUCAUUUUAUGAGACUAAAUCCGAUGGAGAGAAGACCCUACCCAAACCCCUUGGCUACCCUGCACUAAACUCAGAGUGCUGUGGAAAACUGAAAGAGCCGUCCAGUGAGCUGGCUGGAGACUCCAUCGCUGACUCCAUCGAUCUUUCUGGAAAGAACAAGAAGCGGCGAAACCGGACAACUUUCAGCACCUUUCAACUGGAGGAGCUGGAGAAGGUCUUUCAGAAGACACAUUACCCAGAUGUGUAUGCAAGGGAACAGCUGGCACUGAGGACGGAGCUCACAGAGGCAAGAGUGCAGGUGUGGUUCCAAAACAGACGGGCCAAAUGGAGAAAAAGAGAGCGCUACGGGAAGAUGCAAGAGGUGCGAAACCACUUUGCUGCUACAUACGAUAUCUCCCUUCUCCCUCGCUCCGACACAUACCAGAUGCAAAAUAACCUAUGGCCAAGCAGUGCGGGAACGGGAGGCGCGGGCGGAGCGGCCAGUGGUUGUGUUCUGGGCACAGAAAACAUGGCGUCAUCCUGUAUGACCCCUUAUCCCCAUCCUCACGGCAACCUACCGGGGCUUAUGGGUAUGUCUGCAUCUGCAGGCCAUCCUCAUCAUCAUCAUCAUCACCACCACCCACCCCACCACCCUAGCAUCAACGGGAUAUACUCACUCCAUGGCUUCCCAGGAAGCCUGGGGGCCCAUUCCUUUGAGCCCGGACCAGAGUCUGAAUACAAGCCCUCGGGCCUGGUGGCCCUGCGCAUGAAAACCAAAGACCCCGGGAGCCUGUUAUCCUGGCCGACAUGACCGUGCGGCUGCAAUUGCGAUUACAAUGACAUCACUGAGCCAACAAACAUUUAGCAUGCCUGCACAUACCGGCAUGUUGGUGUUACUCAGAAACACACAACUGAAAGACACUAUUUUUAAAUGCUAAAUGUACACAUUUCUUUUUUGCAGGCUUCCAGGUGUUUUCACUGCAAAGAACCGGACUCUUUAUAUUGAUCUCUUUCGCUAUGGAAGCAUCUCAUUUGUUUGUGUGAUUUUUUUUGAAACCUAAUGAGCCAUAAUGGGCUUUGCACACAACUACCUUAAUAUAAAAAAAUUUCUGGGAUACUAAAAAAAAUUGUAAAAAUGCUGUUAUGUUAAUUACCAAAGAGGAUGUGCAACAUGUUUAUUUAAGUAUGUUAAUGUUAAUCUCAUAGUUUCAGUGUAUGCAGUGUUUUAGCCCCAUUAGCCCCAGUGAAUAAAUGAUUUUACAUUUCCCAACUUUGUGCAUUCAAAUACGUCACACACUAAAAACACCAAAUAAAUAUGUGCUUCUUUUCAAACCAUGGCAGGAAUUAAGCAUCUCUGCAUAUAGGUUGCAUUUUGUGUUGCUGAUUGCCUAUUCUAAUUAGGGAUGUGUGAUAUGUAUCUUAUUGGUUAUCGAUGAUACUAGAGAUUUUAUUUUUUAAUUUUGGUUAAUAUCUUGCUCGCUCACUUCUCCAAUUUUUACAUUUAGCCAUCAUCUAACGCUCACUUAAUCUUUAAAAACACUCAUAAUUUAAUCCAUAAUUUAUUGUUAUCAAACAUGAGAAUUUCAUAUUGAGCAUUAAAGAGUUACCCAAAUUCACUUGCUGCAUUAAAAAUAAUUUGUGUAGUGUUAUUUUUAAUUUAUUUAGAAAAAAUCUACAGAAUUUUAUUAUCUACCCAAAUUGUAAUAUUCAUGCAUCCUUAAUUCUAAUCCUAAAAUAUAUCUGGAACACUCUACCUUUUACAAAAGUGAAAAGGUAUCUUUGUACCUUACU